CCCCGGAAACGCACGCUGUUUUUAGCCGAAUCUGUUUGGUGAAUCCUUUUCAACCCCUUUCUGGGGUCCGACGCCUCGUUCCUCCAGACCCCCUUCUACUAAGGUGUAUCGACUCUAUCUUCGCAAAUUUCUAGGUACGAGAGUGAACACUACGGUCUUUGACGCCGACUCUGGAAUAAAGACGCUUCCGACUGCGAAACGCUUAGCAACCACCUGCUUCCUUCUCCGCUUGGCCACCUCCGAGAUCCUCUUCCGGGGCAAGAGGUCGUCCCGCGUCUCCGCCAAGAUGGCGAGCGGCGGUAGUGGGGGGGUUUCGGUGCCUGCGCUCUGGAGUGAAGUGAACCGUUAUGGCCAGAACGGCGACUUCACGCGCGCUCUCAAAACCGUCAACAAGAUACUGCAGAUCAACAAGGAUGAUGUAACUGCCCUACACUGUAAAGUGGUGUGCCUUAUCCAGAAUGGAAGUUUCAAGGAAGCCUUGAAUGUCAUCAAUACUCACACCAAAGUGUUUGCCAAUAACUCUCUUUCCUUCGAGAAGGCAUACUGUGAGUACAGGCUGAACAGAAUUGAGAAUGCCUUGAAGACAAUAGAAAGUGCCAACCAGCAGACAGACAAACUAAAGGAGCUUUAUGGACAAGUGUUGUACCGAUUAGAACGCUAUGAUGAAUGCCUGGCUGUGUAUAGAGAUCUUGUCCGAAACUCUCAAGAUGAUUAUGAUGAGGAGAGAAAAACAAACCUUUCAGCAGUUGUUGCAGCUCAAAGUAACUGGGAAAAAGUGGUUCCAGAGAACUUGGGUCUCCAAGAAGGCACACACGAACUGUGCUACAAUACUGCAUGUGCGCUGAUAGGACAAGGCCAGCUAAACCAGGCAAUGAAAAUUCUGCAAAAAGCUGAAGAUCUUUGCCGCCGUUCAUUAUCAGAAGACUCUGAUGGGACUGAAGAGGACCCACAGGCAGAACUGGCCAUCAUCCACGGGCAGAUGGCCUAUAUUCUGCAGCUUCAGGGUCGUACAGAGGAGGCUUUGCAACUUUACAAUCAGAUAAUAAAACUAAAACCAACAGAUGUAGCAUUGCUAGCUGUGAUUGCAAAUAACAUCAUUACAAUUAACAAGGACCAAAAUGUCUUUGACUCCAAGAAGAAGGUGAAAUUAACCAAUGCAGAAGGAGUGGAGUUUAAGCUUUCCAAGAAACAACUGCAAGCUAUAGAAUUUAACAAAGCUUUACUUGCUAUGUACACAAACCAGGCAGAACAAUGUCGCAAAAUAUCUGCCAGUUUACAGUCCCAGAGUCCUGAGCAUCUCCUUCCUGUGUUAAUCCAAGCUGCCCAGCUCUGCCGUGAAAAGCAGCACACAAAAGCAAUAGAGCUGCUUCAGGAAUUUGCAGAUCAGCAUCCAGAAAACGCUGCUGAAAUUAAGCUGACCAUGGCACAGCUGAAAAUUUCCCAAGGUAAUAUUUCCAAAGCAUGUUUGAUAUUGAGAAGCAUAGAGGAGUUAAAGCAUAAACCAGGCAUGGUGUCUGCAUUAGUGACAAUGUACAGCCAUGAGGAAGAUAUUGACAGUGCCAUUGAGGUCUUCACACAAGCUAUCCAGUGGUAUCAAAACCAUCAGCCCAAAUCUCCUGCUCAUUUGUCCUUGAUAAGAGAAGCUGCAAACUUCAAACUCAAAUAUGGGCGGAAGAAGGAGGCAAUUAGUGACCUAGAACAGCUAUGGAAACAAAAUCCAAAAGAUAUUCACACCCUGGCACAGCUUAUUUCUGCUUACUCACUUGUAGAUCCUGAGAAGGCAAAAGCCCUUAGUAGACACUUGCCUUCAUCAGAUAGUAUGUCUCUAAAAGUAGAUGUUGAGGCUCUUGAAAAUUCUCCUGGUGCUACGUACAUUCGGAAGAAGGGUGGAAAAGUUGCUGGAGAUAGUCAACCAAAGGAGCAAGGACAGGGAGAUUUGAAAAAAAAGAAGAAAAAAAAGAAGGGAAAAUUGCCUAAAAAUUAUGACCCAAAAGUGACCCCAGAUCCAGAAAGAUGGCUACCAAUGCGUGAACGUUCUUACUACCGAGGAAGAAAGAAGGGUAAAAAGAAGGAUCAGAUUGGAAAAGGGACCCAGGGAGCCACUGCAGGAGCUUCAUCUGAACUGGAUGCCAGUAAAACUGUGAGCAGCCCACCCACCUCCCCAAGACCUGGCAGUGCAGCAACAGCAUCUACAUCUACAAGUAAUAUCAUACCCCCAAGACACCAGAAACCUGCAGGGGCUCCAGCAACAAAAAAGAAACAGCAACAGAAAAAGAAGAAAGGUGGAAAAGGUGGCUGGUGAUUAGAACAUUCUUUUUGCAGGCUAUUUUUAAACUAGUCUCAGUGACACUGGGAACAUAAUAAAGGUAACACAGCAAGAAGCACAGAGCUGCUCCCUCUCCCAUCCCCACAUUUUCAUAAAAUUAUUUUCUUGUGCAUCAAACAGAAAAGCAUCUUCCUCAAACUCUGCCUAGUCAGACUUGGCCUACUUGUACCACCUUGCUUUGUACAGAUGAGGAGGGCUCAGAAGAGUUGGGCAUUUACCCACUUUGAUACCUGUUGCAUCCUUUCUCUUUGUGUACUAUCUGCUGUUUUUUUCAAUUUCACAAACAAGGCAUGUUAUCCACGGUUUCCUAGGAUGUUUCAACUAGAGUGCAAAGAUAUUUGUUCUAUCAAGUCCCACUUUAAAUUAUGUCUUAGGAGGCCUUAGGAGACUGAAAGUGGAGUCUUCUGAGCAUUCCAAAUAUCUGCUUAGAAAUAGCACGUAAUAAAAAGGGACCUUAUUAGUACACUGGUAUUUUUCAGUUUACUACAUGAGUGGCCACAGGAAAACUAAAUUAAAUGUCUUGAUUAUUCUGACUGUAAAUUCUCUCUGCCAUGUGAUACUGGAAUAUGGGAUGCUAUAUAUAUAUAGUAAUGAAAAGUAUGUGUAUGUAUAUACAUAUAUACACAUGUAUAUAAAUUAGGACUUCUUUGUGCCCGCAUGUCAUUUUCAAAUUAUGAUAACAUUAUGCUGAUUUAGCACUAUUAAAGAUCUCAAGGGAAAGACAUCGAUGUUGCAGGAAGUUGACUCUUAGACCCAGUGUUCUGAGGUCAGAUGGAUUUGACAGAAAUCAGAAAGAUUUAAACAGCCCCUAUCAAGAGCAUGAGCAUUGACUUCCUACAUAGAGAGGAAGUCAGUACUAGAGUUCAGGAGUAGGCAGUAUUAAAGCUUAAAAGAACUGUUGGCCCAAUUGAUAGAUCUCUAAUGACUCCUCUUUCUAGUUGGGGGUAUGACCAUUCACUACCCUUCUCAAAGUAAUGAAGUAUUGUAGUCAGUGUGUGGUAUCAGUGUUGCUCUGUUCUUGCCUUGCUUACAAGUCACCUUCCCAUUGAACAGGUGUGAGACAGAUACACUGGGAUGCCUACCCUUGUUAGUAUUCAUUUUAUGCUGCCCAAGAUAGCAUUCAGUUUAGACUUAUGAGUAUUUCCUUGUGAUCAUAUUGCUCUGUCCUUGUUAAUAAAGUGCUGCUGUGUUUGACUCUGACCAUAUCUGCUGAAACUUCUUCAAAGAGUUUUUUUUAAAGACUUUUCUCCUUUACAAGAGUAAGAAAUGUGGUGCUGCCUUUCUGUUUAACAUAAACUGUGGUAGCAUCUAAACAAGAGACCUUCAUAUAUGAAUGAUUUAUUAUGGCAUUAUACUUUUUGAGCUCUCAGAAUAGUCUUUUGGUAAGUGACAGAUAUUUAUUCCUUCUGAAUGUAAACCCCAUUACAAAAAUAAUUGUUAGUAAAUUUAUGAUUUUAGGAUUCCAUUAAAUUUCUAUGGUGAAGGAUAAUCAUUUUUUAGGUUAACUAAGCUACAGAAUUUUUGGUGAAAAUUAUCCGCCAGUGAAAAUUUUGACCCAAGGCACACAGAGAAAUUUAUAGUUCUCUAUUUAAGUCAUUGUAAUUGCCAGUCGUUAUUAUCAGUCAUUACUAAGCAACUGAAACCUCAGUUCAAAUAAAUUGUAAUUGUCAAAUGAAGUGUAAACA